UUUUUAUUACUACAACCAUUUCCCCGUGGAGAACUGUUUUACGCCCGAGACAGCAGGAGGACAAAGAGAGGAGGGAACGAGGGCGACCAAUAAAUUCCUCUUCUUUUCCCCCACAUUUUCCCUGCCCCUGGGAUCUCUCUCGCCUCCGAUCGAUUAGCGGGCGCCCCCUUGUUCCUGGCUUCCCCGAUCGAUUCUGCGGGGAGCCAGAAAUAAUUUUUGUUCCCCUUCUCGCCGCGCCGCGUUCCUGAUUCGUUUGCGAGGAGGAGCCACCAUGAGCGCCGGAGCCGGAACCGGGACGUUCCUCGAGAUCCAGCCCUCGGAGCUCGCAUUCCCCUUUGAAUUAUUGAAGCAGAGCUCAUGCUCUAUGCAACUCACCAAUAAGACUGACCAUUAUGUAGCAUUCAAGGUCAAAACAACAAACCCGAAGCAGUAUUGUGUGCGCCCUAAUAUUGGCGUUGUAUUACCUGGAUCGACUUGUGAUGUCACGGUGACAAUGCAAGCACCGGCUAUGGCACCUCCUGACCUGCAGUGCAAGGACAAGUUCCUAGUUCAAAGUGUUGCGGCUGAGAAUGGUGCAGCAACUCAGGAUAUUACUGCAGCAAUGUUCAAUAAGGAGCCAGGGAAGGUUAUUGAUGAAUGCAAGCUGCGUGUACUUUAUGUGCUAACAACUGCACCUGGCUCGAACCCAGAAGAAUCUGAACUAGGGAGUUCUUCUCGGUCAUUUACACAAGAAAAUGGGACCCCUAAUUCCACAUUGCUACCAUCUAGAUCAUUUGGUGAGACAGGAAAGGAGAAGUCCUCAGAGGCAACAACCAUGAUCUCCAAGCUAACUGAGGAGAAAAUGUCUGCUAUUCAGCAAAACCAGAAGUUGCGACAAGAGCUGGAUCUUCUACGGAAAGAGAGCAGCAAGAGCAACGGCGGUUUCUCGCUCACCUUCAUGAUCGUCGUGGGCCUUCUCGGCAUCGUGGUCGGCUUCAUCCUCAAGAAGACAUAGAAGAGGUAGUCCCCCCCUACAAAGUUAUACCUCGCAGGAAAAGGAUACCCGCGUAUGGGUAUCCCCCCUUCUCAUCCCUUGUGUUUUCCCCCUCCUAAAAGGAGUGCCUGUUCUAACUUGUAACAGCAGCCCGUCUAGAAGGUUUGGUUUGGGUGUGUGUGUGUACAUUACAUGGUGGUUUAUUGCGAUUUUUAAUUUUAUUUUUACAUCGAGUAGACUCGGUUUUAAUUCUUAACAGCCGCAACUUACGUCACAUGCACCAUAACCUUUAUUCAUUCUGAUCUUCCUUCGUCUCCA